UACAAAGGCGCAAGCCUUCCUACAUAUACUCCCAUCAUGAAGCCAUAAAUCCAUCGAUGACCGUAAUCGCAAGCCACAUUUUCGCGUCGGCGCAACUUUUGAUAGACCUAACGUUAGGCCCGACGAGGUGGCCGAGUUACCGUACACGUUUUGUCCGCUCCCAAAAAAAAUCCACGGGACUAGUGAUGGGUCCACACCUGCAUAGCAGCCUCAACAGGGAUCAUUUCAUGUCCGUCGAGCUGUUAGAUGAGUAAAUGGCAAGUAUCGUGUUAGUCAGGCAGGGCGGGGACGGGGGAAUUUCUUUGCGAUGAUGGAUUUG